GUGACAAAGGUGCUUGCUAGUUUGAAAGAACAGGUAGUAACAUGGAGGCCGGCGGGUGAGAAGCAAAUGGAAUUUUUGGAGUUGAGUGGCUUCCCGAUGGUCGUCGGAGCCAUCGACUGUACUCAUGUAUGGCUUGACGGCAGUCCACUAAAGACAACCGAAUAUGCGUACGUCAAUAGGAAGGGGUGGCAUAGCAUCAAUGUGCAAUUUGUCACCGAUGCAAAUUACAACAUAAUCAAUGUCUGUGCACGCUGGCCAGGGUCUGUCCAUGACUGCAGAGUAUUGGAGAAUUCCUAUGUUGGGCAGGAUUUCCAGCGUGGAGAAUUGGAGGGAGUUCUCCUCGGUGACUCGGGCUACCCCCAACGAUCAUGGCUCAUGACCCCUUUCCGCAACCCCCAAACACAUGCUGAACGUACCUACAAUAGGGCUCACAUGAGAGGACGAGUAGUUGUUGAACAGACUAAUGGACAGAUCAAGAAGAAAUUCCCUUGUCUGAGAAGAGGCCUAAGAGUAAAACCAAAGAAGGCAUGCCAGAUCAUCAUUGCGUGCACCGUGUUGUACCGGUUAUCAAAGGACUGGAAAGAACCCUAUCUUGGACGAGACCAUGAGCUUCCUGAUGUUGGUGUUGAUGACUUUGAUGGCCCUGUCAACAAUGAGGGAUAUGCAGCACGAGCCCAACUGGUUGCCAGAUGCUUUACUUGAAAUCUGCUAUAUCCAGAGA